AUGAAGGCCACCACCGCAUUACUCUCCCUGGGUUUAGCUACCUCCGUAGCAGGCCAUGGCUACAUGUACAUUCCUUCUAGCCGAACCCGUCUCGGCAACGAGGCCGGUGUUGACUCCUGCCCUGAGUGUGCGAUUCUCGAGCCUGUCGAGUCCUGGCCGGACCUCGAUGCGGCACCAGUUGGCCGUAGCGGACCCUGUGGUUACAACGCCCGUGACAGUAUCGACUACAACCAACCUACCACUAACUGGGGCUCCGAGGCUGUGCAAAGCUACACUGCUGGCGAAGAGAUUGAAGUCCAAUGGUGUGUCGACCACAACGGUGACCACGGCGGCAUGUUCACCUACCGAAUCUGCCAAGACCAGAGUAUUGUCGACAAGUUCCUCGACCCGAAUUACCUGCCCACUGAAGACGAGAAGCAGGCUGCUGAGGAUUGCUUUGACGCAGGUCUGCUGCCCUGCACAGAUGUCAAUGGCCAGGAGUGCGGGUACAGCGCGGAUUGCUCCGAGGGACAGGCCUGCUGGCGUAAUGAUUGGUUUACGUGCAAUGGCUUCGAGGCUUCUGACCGGCCUAAGUGCCAGGGUGUUGAUAAUGCGGAGUUGAACUCUUGCUACACCAGUAUUGCAGGUGGCUACACGGUGACCAAGAAGGUCAAGCUGCCGGAGUACACUUCCAACCACACCUUGAUUUCGUUCAAGUGGAACUCCUUCCAGACUGGCCAGAUUUACCUCUCUUGUGCCGAUAUUGCCAUCCAGUGA